UUUGUUGCUUUUCCACUUGUACAUAUAACAUUAUAUUCUAACUAACAAAAAGAAAACAUUUCUUUUGUUCAAAGUUCUUUCUCAAACACAAAUACAAGAAAUCUAUAAACCUUUCCAAUGGCUUCCAUCACCAUGACAUCCUCUUUCUUGGGCGGCUCCGUCAUGGCCCCGGCCAAAGCCCCCGCGGCCGACCACCGCGGGGUUGUCAUGGUGAAGGCAAGUUCAUCAAGUAAUGUGGUGAUGAACAAGAAGAAAGAGAGCAACAACAGUGGGAGAAGGGAGUUGUUCUUUGCCGUGGCGGCAGCCGCUGCUUUGUCCGUCGCCACGGUGGCGAUGGCGGACGAGGAGGAGCCGAAGAGGGGAACGGCGGAGGCCAAGAAGAAGUACUCUUCAGUUUGUGUUACAAAUCCAACUGCAAGAAUUUGCCGCUACUGAUGAAGUGAGGGAAGUUUACAAAUUACAAUAUGCAUGUUCUUUUGUAGUACAUUAUGGAUGUAAAAACCUUUCUUUCAUGUGAUUUAAUAUUUUACUUUUCACGGA